UGUGACAACCCUAACCAACGAUUUGAGUGGAGGAGUUACUCGGACACUGAUAGACAUGCCUUUGCCGCCGCAUUGAAAUGUCUGGUCGAUGCGCCAUCGUCUGGCAACUUCCCUCCAUCUCAAAACCGCUAUGAGGACCUGGUCCGCGUGCAUCAGAUGAUGACAGACACCAUUCACGGCAACAACAUUUUCCUUUUCUGGCACAGAUACUAUGUCUGGACUUUGGAGCAAAUUAUGAGGGAGGAGUGUGGUUUCGACAGAGCCUUCCCUUGGUGGGAUGAGACUCUCGACGCCGGCAACUUUGCCGCCUCUUCCAUCUUCACGGCCGACUUUUUCGGAACUCUGCCUACGGCCACCAACGGUCAGGGUACUUGCAUCACCGAUGGCUACUUCGCCAACACCGUCGCCCACAUUGGACCCGGCACGGGCUCCCAGGACCACUGUCUCUCCCGCGCUGUCGACGAGUCCCUGACCUCCCAGUGCAACGAGGACUUUGUCAACACCUGCAACUCGCGCACCAACUAUCCCGACAUGGAAAACUGCGCCGAGCUCGGCCCUCACGCCUAUGGCCACAACGGUAUCGGAUCCGUCAUGGCCGACGUGUCCGCCUCGCCAGAGGACCCUACCUUCUUCCUGCACCACCUCUUCAUCGACCGCAACUUCUGGUUAUGGCAGAACGGUGAUGCUUCCCGCAAGACGCAGAUCAACGGCUGCAUCGACAACAACAGCCCCUGCACCGCAUUGACCCUCGACACCGUCAUCAGCGUCCAGGGUCUGCGACCUGACGUCACCGUCGCCGACAUUAUUGAUACCCAGAACGGCGCCAUGUGCUAUCUCUACACA